AUGGCCAGUACCUCACACAACCCAUCGAUACUUCUGCGCCGCGUUUUAGCUCUCAAAGAGAGCUCACCGUUCGUUCUUGUGGUGGAUUCGAUCGGUCGCACGGGACAUUGUGUUUUAGAGGAAGUUGCUCGAGAGACUGACGAGUCCACGACGAUCGUGUAUGUUUCAUUCGAAUCGACCAGGAAGCCUGACUAUGCUACAUAUUUUUUGGAAGGAACCAAGUCUGAGUCAAAGCUUCUGAGCACAAUUCAGUCUUUUCUCCCCACUCCAGAACAAGCAAAGACCUCGAAGUUUAAGUUUCUGGUAAUGAUCGACUGCGUGAAUUUCGUGGCUGGUCCAAGCAUAAUGAAUCUCGUCGCACAACUGGCUUCCCCUACUGUGGCACUUUUGGCUGUGUUCCACAAGCACCAGCCUGAGUUUCGAUCUCCUGAGCUGGAAAAUUAUCCGUCUUCAUUGGACCUUCUACAAUUCAUGGCAACUUCGAUCCUGGAAGUACAGCCACUUGCAAAUGACUAUGGAUCAGAGCAAGAGCAUGAGUCUCAAUUGCAAAAACUAGAGAUUCCUCGGGGCCUCAAUUCGCACCGCUACAAACUUAUCUUGACUAAUCGACGCAAAUCUGGCCGCGCUUUGACCUAUACGUUCCAAUGCGAUACACAGGCACAUACAUUUGCACUGAUACAGGAGAAGAAUGUGCAGGACGGAGCUCAAGAAGACCCUGAAAUGUUUGAAGGUCUCACAACUUUCAAUUUAAACACUUCCAACAAGCAAAAGGUGGCAAAGGAGCAGGUCGCUUUGCCUUUUCUGGAGGCCCAAACUUUCAACACUGGUGGUGCUAUUGUGUACGAAUUCGAAAAGGAUGAUGACUACGACGAAGAGGACCCUUUCGAAGAUCCGUUUUAA